AUGUCUGCCCGAAAGAAGCCAGCUGUGCUCACUAAGCACGCGCUACUAACACGUGGUGGUAAAAUUUUAGCUUUGAUCCCUACUGAAAAUGCACUCUCUGGUGAUGAUGAAUUAUUGGGCGCUCAAGUUUCGCAUUCAGACUCAUCUUCCCCAGCCUCAUCUAUUGCGAGUUCCUUAGAAAGACUGAAUAUAUUCGAUUCCGAUGAUGAAACCUCAACCGAUGAGAAUGUUCGGCUUACGCCUGUAUUCCAAGAAGUAUACCCGAAUCCAUCGCUUGAGCCCGAUUGCAGUACUAUUCCGAUAAUAAGCGACAUUCCAACACUGCCUGCAACCCCUGCCACGCCUGCAACUCCUGCCACUCCUGCUACUCUAAAUCCUGUAUCUCAAGUCGCUUCUGCAUCACAAGCUUCGCCUGCACAACCUUUAGUGUCCAUACCUAGCACCCCCACUACAUCCUCUACAUUGCCAAAUCGUCUAAUUAGAAAAACACGAUCGAAAAGACCGACGGUUCCUGUUGCUAAACGCUCACGCAGAAUCAAAAAGUUCGUUCUGUGCUAUAAAUGGAAAAGGGCUGCUGUUUUUCGACACAAAGCAACUGUGGAAGAUGUACCAGAAAUCGAUUCUCAGACACCUACUAUUCCCUUGGACUAUUUUUACUAG